UUAUGGACGACGACUACGACAACUACGUGCCACAAAUAUCCACAAUGGAUUGGCAAAAUUUAGGACAAGAUAAUGAAAGUAGUCAGAUGAGAGUUGAAAGCUCGGCUUCCGCUAUGGGACCUAGUGGUUCUGGAUCUUAUUUGUAUGGUGUGGCUGGAGCAAGUAUUCCAGUGGCUGGAAGGGGUCAGCAUCACCAGCGUCCCUUCCCUGGUAUGGGUAUAAUGCCUACACAACCUUUUGGCGUUGGCGAAUAUGGACAAGGACAGGGUUAUCAAACGAACGAUUUCGUGUCUUCUGGACCUCAAUCUCAGAUGAUGAACUAUCAAAUGCAGAGUCAACCUGUUAGAUCUUUUGAUACUAUGAAUCCCAGCUAUAUGGCAGGAGACCCUUCGCGUCAAAAUGUGCUUCAACAGGGCAUAAUUUCCGCUGCAGCUAAUACAAAAUCUACUAAAGGUGCUAGAGGAUCAAAAAAGAGCAAAAAGGUUAUGGCACUUGAUCAGUGUUCAACUUCACAUCAGCUAGAACCACAAGGAAUUCAGUCGACAAAGCAUAUGCAAGUUCAUAAUCAAUUGCAUAUUACGAACCAACCCUAUGAUAUUUCGAACGCGUCACAAUUGGGUAAUCUCAAAGGUCCAGGUCCACCUGCAAACCUUUCUGCACUCAGUCAGGCAUCAAUUCAGAAUGCACCGCAUCAGUCUGUUGCCGGCUUUUCGACCUCGGAAUCAACUUCAGCUAAUCAAUAUCGAUUUUCUAAUAUACAAAAUCAACAACAACAACAAUUCGCACAAGUCCAAUCUCAACAAAAAUUCCAAACACAGGCAGUGAAAUCAGUAUCUCAAAUUGAUGAGCAACAACAAUUACAAAAGAAUGGUCCCGUGUUUGUACCAUAUCAGCAUGAACAACCAGUGAGCGUUCAUUCCGUAGAUGGAUAUCAGCAGCAACAAUCUGAAGGCUCAUACAUUAACAGGCAACAAUUUUUGCAAACAGGAACUGUUAAUACUGCUCAUCCGGCUGUUGUUGGUUAUCCUGCACCUUAUCAAGCUGGAUAUGCGUCAAAUUUUAUUCAGAAGCAAGAUUGUUCUGCAGGACCAAGUAAUAGCUCAAUUGGAAUAUCAUCACCAUAUCAACAACAGCCUUAUUUAACACAUCCGUAUAAUAUAACUCGACAACAGCAGCAACACCAGCACAUUUAUCGUGAACUUUUCGAGUGCGAUCAACAAUUAGCUUCUUUAAUACCACAAGUGCAGCAGAAUCCAGAGCUAGCAAUAAGAGUGGAAAAGAUUCAAAUUCGAAGGCAAUAUUUGCACGCACAAUUAAUGCAAAUUAAUUACGCAAUGAAUACUGCAGUAUCUGCUGCAAUGGGUUCUGAAACAGCGCAUGGCCAACUGCACUCCACAGAAAUGCAUUUGUCCACGACUUCUCAUUCUGUCAUACCACCACAGAUAGCUGGACAAUAUUCACCACAUUACAGUGGGCAAUCAUCCCAGCAUCAUUUCUCAGCUGGUCAUCAACAGAAACUAGUAAAUCCUAAUUUAAAUCCAUACUCGCAGCAGCAAAAUUGCAUCCAGCCCCACUUUUCUUCGCAACAAUAUCAUCCAGCGCCUCCAAUACCUCCGGCUCCUUAUCACUCCAACACUGUUGAUGCAAAUGUGGUUCAGCAGCCGUUGUCACCACGUCAGCACCAACAUCAACAACCGAUUGCAUCGCUUCAGCAAUACAUUCCACCUCUUCCAAGUAUGUCCUCGCCAUCAGUAGCGGUUAUGUCUGCAUCUAAUCAAGUGCAAGUUAACAUUCGCCCUGAAGUCCCUGGUCGCACUCUGAUCAGUGUCUACCACGGUCAAGAUUUACAGCCAAACAUAGCACAACCUGCUAUAUCGACUGUAGCAGCAGAUAUGCAGCAAUCGAUGAAUUAUGACUCACAAAGACAGUAUCAAUUUCCAAAUCAUGGUGAUCAACAGCAAGAUUCGUCUGCCAAGGAUUCUAUUCCUCCUGAACCUUUGCCACCGAAUUUGUCACGUGAACAUAAGCGACGUCAGCAACAACAAAAAUUACAAGAAGAACAAGUAAAAUGUCUCGAUCAACCAUGUUUCCAAUCACCUGAUACUAUUCGACAGAAUAUUUUACCAGAGUCGGAAAAUAGACUACCGUCACCUCCUUCACCCCCUAUGUCUUUGACAAGCGUUAGUCUGAGCUUUCUCGCUUGCGAAACAACAGCAAAUUUUUCCAAAACGUUUCCUAUUUAUUUGCUUGAAGUAGUUGAGGCUACAUAUGAAGCGUCAAAGCCUCUCAUUCAAAUUGCGGAACAGAACAUGCAGGAUUUAGAAGUGGAAACAACCAUUGAAUUUAAUGACAAUGAAGCUACAUCAGCAGAACAACGUGAUAUUGUUACAGAAGAAACGGAAGUCACUUGCAAUGAUAAAUGUACUGAUAUUGUUGAACAAAUUCAAGAAAAACAUUUACAGCCACAAAGUUCUUUGAAAAAAUCUGAACUUUUAAGUGAUAAAUCACUUGUUGAUGAAGAAGAUAUUAAUGACGAAACUGCGGGUUUUGAUGUUAUUAUUAACAAAAAAGAAACAAAAAGGGGAAUCAAACGGCGAUUUACAGAUGACAGUGAUUGUUUAGAAGCUGAUAAGGUUUUGGAUAUACAGAAACCAUUGGUGGAAACAACUAUUGAAAUAAAAAGUGAACAUUUAAUUCAAUCUACGUCUGAGACUAAAUUGGAAGAAGAAACUGCUGAAAAGCUUGAAGAAUCUACAGUUGAGGAAUUUCAACAAGGCGAUUCUUCAACAAAUGAAACUACUCCUGUUGAUGAUUUUGCAUUUUCAUUUCAAACUACAAGUAAUGAUUCUUAUAAUUCUUUUGCUGCGAGUCGCCAAAGUGGGAAGAAUACAAAACCAAGACGUAAGAAGCGUUUAAUUUUGGAUUGGAACAAACCUGAUGAUGAGGAUUAUGUCACUGGUAGAAGUGAAAAAAGACCUAGAAUUAACAAGAGGGCAAAUGUUAAAAGAAAGUCUGGAUCUUCUUUUACGACAGAUGAAGCAUGUUUGGAUGAUUUGAAGUUGGAUAGUGAAUUCUUUGUUGAAAAAAGGUCAUCACGUAAAAAGGAAAUUGAUAAAAAGACAAAUUAUGGAGAAGAAAGUGACAAUGAAUAUGAAAUUCGAAAUCCUUUGCCUGAACAAAAGGAAACCAAAGAAAGCCGAAUUGUUGAGAGGAUUUUGGGUGUUCGAUUUGCAAAAAGGGCGGUUUUGAAUAGCGAUCUUACGGAUAAAAAAGAUGACCAAAAGUUAGAUGAUAAUGAACAAGUAUUGGACACUGAAAUUCCUUUAAAAUGUAAUGAGGAAGUAGUUGGUGUUUCUGAAGAAUCAAAUAAAGAAAUCACAGAUGAACUAACAAAAACUGAAAAUUCUGAGGAACAGGAUGAUAGUGAAACAAAAUUGCCUAUUCAGGAUAGCGAAACAAUUCAAAAUAAAGAAGAUCUGCAGAUUAUUGAUUCUGAAAAAAUUAUAGAUUCUGAAAAUGUUGAAGAAGUUUAUGUAAAAUUCAAAGGCUUAUCUUAUUUGCAUUGUGAAUGGAAGACGAUCCAAGAGCUCGAAGCUUUGGGAGACAAACGUGUGGCUUCUAAAUUGAAUCGAUGGAAAUUAAAAUUUGGGAAUGAUUCCACUACUGCUUUGGAUGUUCAGGAGGAUGACGAGGAACAACGUGAUUUUUUCAAUGAGGAUUACACUGUUGUUUCCCGUGUUCUUGAUGAAACCUACGACAAAAAGGAACAGCAACAAUAUGUUUUUGUUAAAUGGAAGUCAUUGCCUUAUGAAGAGAGUACAUGGGAAUUGGAAGAGGAUGUACCAGGACAGAAAUUGUUGGAUUUUCGUCGCCGCUCUGAGUUUGAUCUCUUUAAAUUGAAGGAACAUCCUAAAAUUUCCCCUAAGGAAUUUUCCUCACGUUUGGCCAUCCCAAAAGAUAAAAUUUACAAUAAUGACAAUAUUCUGCGUGAAUACCAACACGAGGGUGUAAAUUGGUUGCUAUGGACAUGGAUAAAUGGUCGAAACUGUAUUCUAGCAGACGAGAUGGGAUUAGGAAAAACAGUUCAAAGCAUUGUGUUUCUUCUUUCUCUUUAUGACAUCGGCGUUCAUGGACCAUUCCUCAUUGUGGUUCCUCUUUCAACUCUUGGAAAUUGGGAGCAAAUUAAUGCAAUUGUUUACCACGGAGGUGCCGUUAGCCGCAAAAUAAUAAGAGAUUAUGAAUUUUUCUACAAAAAAGUUGAUGGCAGGAGACGGAAUGUGCCAAAAUUUGAUGCAUUAAUUACUACAUAUGAAGUUGUUGUACAAGAAGUUGAAGUACUCCGACGAAUCAAUUUCUGUGUUUGUAUAAUUGAUGAAGCCCAUCGAAUUAAAAAUAGAAAUUGUAAACUUCUUCAAUCAGGAUUACUUUCCCUUCGUAUGAACCAUCGUGUACUUUUGACGGGUACUCCUUUACAAAAUAAUAUCCAAGAGCUUUUCUCUCUUUUUAACUUUCUCGAGCCGGAACAAUUUGCUAAUUCUGAGGCGUUUCUUCAACAAUUUGGCCAAUGUCAGACUGAAGAACAGGUUCAGAAGCUACAAGAGAUUCUAAAACCUAUGAUGUUGCGCCGUUUGAAGGAAGACGUUGAAAAAGAACUUCAACCGAAAGAAGAAACUAUUAUUGAGGUCCAAUUAUCAAACAUUCAAAAGAAAUAUUAUCGAGCAGUUCUCGAACGUAAUUUUACGCAUUUGAUGAAAGGAACGACACCUUCUUUAAUUAACACAAUGAUGCAAUUGCGUAAAUGUUGUUGCCAUCCCUAUUUAAUUAAUGGUGCUGAAGAGCAGAUUCUUAAUGAGCUUAAGCAUAUUUAUCCGGAGAAAUCUGAAGAAGAGCGUCAUGUUAUUGGUCUUAUUUCCAGUUCAGGCAAAGUUGUCCUAGUUGAUAAAUUGCUUCCUAAAUUACGCGCCGAUGGACAUAGGGUGUUGCUUUUCUCGCAAAUGGUUAGAGUUCUGGACUUGCUCGAGGAGUAUUUCAAUAUCAAAGGGUACCCAUUUGAGCGAAUUGAUGGAAACAUACGUGAACGUCAAGCUGCCAUUGACAGAUUCUCUAAACCGGAAAAUAAAGAUUGCUUUGUUUUUCUACUUUGUACACGUGCUGGUGGUUUGGGCAUUAAUCUGACAGCAGCUGAUACAGUCAUUAUUUUUGAUAGCGAUUGGAACCCCCAGAAUGAUCUGCAAGCUCAAGCUCGUUGUCAUCGUAUUGGUCAAACUAAACAAGUUAAAAUCUAUAGGCUAAUAACUGCUAAUACUUACGAACGUGAGAUGUUUGAUAAAGCUAGUCUGAAGUUGGGUCUGGAUAAAGCUGUGCUCCAGUCAAUGAGAACUGAAUGCAAUUUACAAAGCAGUCAUCAAUUGAGCCGUCAGGAAGUAGAGGACUUGUUACGAAAAGGAGCAUAUGGUGCAAUAAUGGAUGAAGAUAAUGAAGAUGCAAAGUUUGGCGAGGAGGAUAUAGAUACCAUUCUGGAGCGGCGUGCUCAAACGAUUAAACUAGAACCUGGAGUAAAAGGCUCUACCUUUGCGAAAGCAUCGUUUACAUUGUCGCAUAACCGUGAUGAUAUCGAUAUCAGUGAUCCUGACUUUUGGUCUAAAUGGGCUAAAAAGGCCAAUAUAGAUGUAGGUGCUCUGCAAGGUGAUUUCUCAUCAAAACAUUUGAUUGUGCAUGAGCCACGAGCACGUAAGAAGCGAUUCGAGGAGGACAACUUUAAAGGAAAUUCUGAGAGUGCAGACGAUACAAUUUCCGAUGAUGAUGAUCGACAUGUUAAAGGUUCUUCUAGAAUAGCAGAGAAUGUCAAAAGUCGCAGCGUUCGCAAGAAGAGACGUGCUACAGGAAUGGCAUCAGCUGGUGCAGAGGAUGACUAUAAAUAUCCAUUCAAUGAGGAUGACACGCAUAGUCAAGGGGAUGAAGUGCGUCAACGACACAAAGCUUCUGCAAGUAAUCGGCACCCUGAGCUCGCUUGUACAAUUGUUCAACUCAAAAAGGUGGAAAAACUUCUCAUGCAAUGGGGGUGGGGUCGAUGGUCUACUCUAAAACAGUUCUCUGAACUGAGCGAACAAGAACUUGAGCAUAUCUCAAGGACUUUAUUGCUGCAUUGUAUUCGAGAAUUUCGAGGUGACGAAAAAACUCAAGAAUUCGUUUGGAACUUAAUCACUCCAUCUGAGUGUCAAGACAAAAUUUCCGAGAAAUCUGAGGCGCUUGAGAAUGAUACCAAAGCAUCCACAGACGGCGAUUCUAAAUCUAAAUUCUAUCAAGGCUGGGCGCAAAAACCAGAAUACAACACACUUGAACUUGGUGAUAAAGUUACUCAAACGAAAGAACUGGAUAAAGGAAAACAGGGCACUUCAGCAAUACAGCAUUCUGAAGCUUCUGAAUCUGGUACCAGUACAAUACAAACACUUUGCCAAAACAAACAACAACCACUGAUUAAAAUGAAGGAAAGCUCUGACAUUGUCACCAAACCAAAAUUACCUUCAAUUACUAAAGUAAAUGCUGGAAAACAAAACGUUUUAACUACAUCUUCUUCAAAUAUAAAUUCAUCCGAAAAAUCCACAUCUGUUUAUAAUAAAUCAUCAUUGAGCGAACUUAAUAAAUUGAUGAAUAAUCCUGAAUAUAUGUUGCAAUUAUUGGCAAUGAUGGGUUGCAGCGGCACAGAAAGCAGUUCAAGUUUAGGAAUGAAUUCACUCUUGAACUCACUUAUUACUUCCCCAUCUCCUUCAACUUCAUCUACAUAUAGCUCAACAUUAAAUCAACAGUUACAAACACUUCUUGCGCUGACCACUCUCACCGGGUCAACCGAUUCAAGUAUUAGCACAAAUUCUUCGUUAACUUCAGCGUUGGCAUCGUUGUUUGGCAAUACUGGCUCGUCAGCUAAUAUUGGAAGUGUUUCUAAAGCCUCAAAUUCUGGAUCAGUUGGUUCUGUUUUGCCAAAAUCUGAUGAUUUAAAGAAAUUGGAAAUUGCUGACUUAAGCACUCGAUCUAAACAAUCCUUACCAUCAAAACAACUGAAUUUAGGAAAUGUUGAAAAGCAAAACACUUCUACCACGUUAUCAAAUACGCAGUCGGAAAGAUCUACAUCUGUGAAUAAUAAAGCGUCAUUAGUUGGCCAGAACGAUUAUUUAAAAAUGAUGAGCAAUCCUCAAUACUUUCUUCAAUUGUUAUCAUUAAUGGGGUAUGGUACUGAUAGCAGUUCAAGCUUGGGAAUGAACUCCCUAAUAAAUCCACUUAUUGCUUCUCCUUCCCCUUCAACAUCUGCGUAUAACACGACGCUUCAGAAUCAACAACUUCAAACACUACUUGCACUUAAUUCAUUUGGUACAACUGAUACAAACAAUACUGCGAAUUCUUAUUUAACUGCAGCUUUAGCCUCAAUGUCUGGUAGUACAGGCUCAGCUUUUAAAAGCGGAACUGGUCACGCCUCUAAGACGGAAAUUGGUAGUCUUGAUAGCACAAUUUUGGGGAAAUCUGACUCUUUUAAGAAAUUGGAGAACCGUGACCUAGUUGCUCGAACGAAAGAACCUUUACCAACAAAACAACAGAAUAUAGCUAAACAAAAUAAUUCAAACGCAUUAACUACGCAAUCAUCAUCUGCAAAAUCUACAUCGGUUAUUAAUAAAUCACUGAUUGGUCAGAGCGAAUACACUAAACUGAUGAGCAAUCCUCAAUAUCUACUUCAAUUAUUAUCAAUGAUGGGUUACAGUACUGAUAGCAGUUCAAGCUUAGGAAUGAACUCCUUGAUGAAUUCGCUCAUUGCUUCUCCUGCUUCAACCUCAUCGACAUAUGACACAUCGCUCCAAAAUCAACAACUUCAAACCCUUCUUGCGCUAAACUCGCUUAACGGCACAACUGAUCUUAAUAAUGCUGCAUAUUCUUAUUUAGCUGCAGCAUUAGCUUCGAUGUCUGGUAGUACUAGCUCAGCUCCUAAAAGUGGACAGAAGAGGCAGGACACACAGGAUAAAUGUCAACAAGGACAUUCAGGACAAAAGACAAAACAAAAUCCAAGUUGAUAUACAAGAGAUAAUAAAUUAUUUAAACGCAAAAACACAUACUUAUCUCUCUAACUUUUUCUGUGUUUGUAGUUAAGACUUAUUGUUUAAAUAUUUGAAUAUUUUUGAUAUAGUUCACUUUGAUCUUAAGUUUCUAUAUUGAGAAUAGUUUAUUUCUGACCUAUCCUUGUUCAAUGUUCACAACACAUGCUUUUCUUCUUUAUUGAUACUUAGCAUUAUGAGCUGAGAUAUCCUCUACCCAACAUUAAGUAAUUGGCCUUGGUGCUUUAUAGUUUGCACAAUGAAGAAAAAACCAGGAGAAGAGAAAUAUAGACGCAUAACAGCAGUCGCCAGUAAAAUUGAAUACAAACGGAUCAGUCAGAGAUUUGUCCAUUCCUCUACUCAAGAACGGGUAAAGCAGAAAAUAUCGAAUCGAUGGCUCAAAUCAAUUGCUCACUCUAGGCAGGAAAUUGACAAAUGCUU